AUGCCUGGCCUGGUCUCAGCUACCGGAGUCCUGGGCUUCCUGGCCGACGAGGAGCACGAUCUCAAGGUCUUCGCCCUCCAGACUCUCAACGAUGACAUUGACACCGUCUGGACCGAGGUCGCUGGUGCCCUGAGUCAAAUUGAGGCUCUCUACGAAGACGACUCCUUCCCCCAACGACAGCUGGCCGCCCUCGUUCUCGCAAAGGUCUACUACCACCUCCAGGCCUACAAUGAGAGUAUGACUUUCGCUCUCGCCGCUGGCGAUCUCUUCAAACUCGAUACCCCGGGCGAAUUCGAGGAUACCAUCAUUUCAAAGUGCAUCGAUCAGUACAUUGCGGCUUCUUCCGCGAACCACACCGCUCCCAAAUCACCCCAGAACGAUAAUUCACUUCCCGCUCUGGCGACAACUUUUGCAAGCGGUGCUGCUGAUGGAUCCGCCUUGAUCUCUCCCACGACGCCAUUCUCCCAGACAACACUCCCCUCAAAGUCUCUUCUCUCCCGUGUUUCGACAGACAACACUAUCCUCGAUCCCACAUUCCAGCCCGUCAAGGAGGGCCGCUCCGCUUCCAUCGCCCCCAUCAAUGACCAGGCGACUCAGGUAGCCCUGCAGCGUAUCAUCGAGCGUCUGUUCGAGGCCUGUCUCAAGGAUGGCAGAUAUCGCCAGGUCAUCGGCAUCGCUGUCGAAGCCAAGAACUUGGAGGUUCUGCGCCGUGUCAUCAAGCGCGCCGCUGAUGAUGAGAAGCGUUCCAAGACAAAGUCGACGGAUGGUCAAGGCCCCGCCGAGGAGCUCAUGGAGUAUGCCUUGGGCAUCUGCAUGGACGUCGUUCAGGAGCGAAGCUUCCGCACCGAGAUCCUGCGUUUGAUCCUGGACCUACUCAACGACAUCCCGAACCCCGACUACUUCGCCAUCGCCAAGUGCGUUGUUUACUUGAGCUCCAACGAGGAGGCUUCGCGCAUGCUGAAGCAACUCAUUACGAGCGGCGACCGGAACUCAAUCGCCAAUGCUUACCAGAUCGCUUUUGAUUUGUACGACAACGGUACCCAGGAGUUUUUGGGCAAGAUCAUUAGCUCCCUGCCAUCAGGGGAGCCUGCCAAGGCCGCAGAGAGCGAAGCCACCGAGGAGGAGCCGUUGAUCGAGAACCAGGAGUCUUCGGAGGAGGAACUAUCAGAGGAGCUCUCCAAGGUGUACAAGAACAUCCGCUCAAUCUUGGACGGCAGCAAGACUAUUCAGUUGAACCUCGAAUUCCUCUACCGUAACAACCGUACCGAUCUGAGCAUCCUCAACAAGGUCCGGGAUAGCUUGGAGGGCCGUAACUCCAUCUUCCAUACGGCCGUCACCUUCUGCAACGCCUUUAUGAACCAGGGCACCACCAACGACAAGUUCUUCCGCGACAACCUCGAAUGGCUUGGAAAGGCUGUCAACUGGUCCAAGUUCACCGCAACCGCAGCUCUCGGUGUCAUCCAUCGCGGCAACCUCACGCAGUCCCGAAAGCUGCUUGAGCCCUACCUUCCCCGCCAGAGCGGCUUGAGCAGCGGCUCCAUCUUUAGCCAGGGUGGUGCUCUUUACGCCUAUGGUCUGAUCCAUGCCAACCACGGCGCCGAUGCUCUCGACUACCUCAAGACCCAGUUCACAUCCGCAGAGGAGGAGGUUAUCCAGCACGGUGGUGCUUUGGGUCUGGGUAUUGCAGGCAUGGCAACCGGCUCUGAGGAGAUUUUUGACAAUCUCCGAACGGUUCUCUUCACCGACUCUGCUCUCAACGGCGAGGCUGUUGGUCUUGCCAUGGGUCUUAUCAUGCUUGGCACCGGCAACGUGCGGGCCUUGGAGGACAUGAUCACUUACGCCCACGAGACGACUCACGAGAAGAUUGUUCGUGGUCUCGCUAUUGGUAUGGCAUUGAUCAUGUUUGGCCGCCAAGAAGGUGCCGACGCCAUGAUCGAGGGACUGCUCAAUGACCCCGAUCCUACGUUGAGAUAUGGCGGGAUUAUGACUGUGGCUCUCGCGUACUGCGGUACGGGCAGCAACAAGGCCAUUCGCAAACUGCUCCACACCGCUGUCAGCGAUGUCAAUGACGAUGUCCGCCGUGUCGCCGUCAUGAGCUUGGGCUUUAUUCUCUUCCGAAAGCCCGGCAGCGUCCCCCGCAUGGUCGAGUUGCUCUCGGAGUCGUACAAUCCUCACGUGCGUUACGGAUCUGCCAUGGCGCUGGGUAUCUCUUGUGCUGGCACUGGUCUGGAUGAGGCCAUUGACUUGCUCGAGCCCAUGAUGAAGGAUCCCACCGACUUUGUCCGCCAGGGUGCGCUCAUCUCCCUGGCCAUGAUCAUGAUCCAGCAGAAUGAGGUCAUGAACCCCAAGGUCGCUUCCAUCCGCAAGACUCUCAAGAAGGUCGUCGGCGACCGCCACGAGGACGCCAUGACCAAGUUUGGCGCGUCGCUUGCUCUGGGUAUCAUUGACGCUGGUGGUCGCAACUGCACAAUUGGCCUCCAGACCCAGACUGGAAACCUGAACAUGGCCGGCAUCGUUGGUAUGGCCGUCUUCACCCAGUACUGGUACUGGUUCCCGUUCACCCACUUCCUUUCGCUCGCCUUCUCGCCUACCUCCAUCAUCGGUCUCGACCACGAACUCGAGAUCCCUAACUUCAAGUUCCACUGCGCCACCCGUCCCAGCCUGUUCGACUACCCGCCAGAGCAAGAGGUCAAGGCCGAGGAAGGUCCUACCAUGGUCGCAACAGCUGUCCUGUCGACAACCGCCCAGGCCAAGCGCAGAGCCCAAAAGAAAGAGCGUGCCCAGCGUCGCGAGAGCAUGGACAUUGACUCUGCCAAGCCAACAGUCUCCGACAAGAUGGAUGUGGACGAGAAGCAGGACGAGAGCAAGGAAAAGAAGGAGGCUGAAGCUGGCGAGAAGGAGGCAUCUGUUGCUCCCGCUGACACCAAGAAGAAGGCAGAGAAGGAGAAGGUCGGCUACGACAUGGAGAACCUGUCGCGCGUGCUUCCAGGCCAGCUCAAAUUCAUCAGCUUCCCCGCCGGACGUUACAAGCCGGUAAAGAAGGUAGAUUUUUCCAACCCCCCGACUGCAAGAUAUCUUACUGAUUGUACCCAGCCCACCGGAGGACCCUUGCUACUGCAGGAUACUCAGCCUGACGAGGAGAAGACGCUUAUCGAGGAAAAGUUGAAGAAGGUGACAACAGAGAAGGCCCCGGUGGCCGGCCAGAACAACGCAGGUGGUUCAUCUGCGGGCUUGACGCCGCGUCAGCAACAGAACAUCAUCUCCCAGGCCCUUAGAGCCGGUGCUGGUGGUGAUCUUCGAUCGCUAAACGAGCUUAGCGAACUGCUGGGUCGUCAAAGAAGAGGCGACCUCGUGGGCGCUACUGACGAAGGAGGGGCGGCGGCUGCUGCAGGAGUGCUUACGGCAGUGGAUGAGGAUGGCGAGGGAGACGAGGAGGCCGACGUCCCGAGAGAGUUUGAAUACUUCACGGACAAUGAGGAGGAAGAUGACGAGGAGUAG